AGGAGAUAAGCAGGCAAACUUCACAGUAAGAAAUGGGUUUGAAGGGACAGAUGCUGAAACUGUUUUUCUUUUUGAAUCUCUUCUUUUUGGGGAGCCUUCUGAUUAUUCCCUUCUGGUACACUAUGGAGAGAGCGUCGGAGAAACCUCAGCUGACUCUAAUGCAAACCACAAAUUCAUGUAACCUCUGUCAGGAGAAUAAAAAUCAGUUCAUAGAUUUUUGCUCUCAAGCCUCACAAACAAAGGAGGUCAUUGACAAAACAUUGAGUAAAGAGCAACUUAAGAAAGAGCCUGAUUAUAAAGAAGAUGUUCAGCCAUGUAAACACUGCAGGGAGGAAAUAACACAAAUGUUAAAGACUUACUCUCAAUCCUGGAAGAAAAAGGAGGACAACUACCAUGAAAUGAGGAUUAAGCUGAACUUAAAGGUCAAUGGUCAUGAGAAGGCCAUUCUUACUCAGGAAAACACUCCAGUGGGAUCAAAGUUUAUUGCAGAUGGAGAUAGAAAGAGGACUAUUGAGGUGAAGUCAGAGCAUUUUGACACAUUUUUAAAGGUGAAUCCUUUUGCAAAUAAAACAUAUAGCAGCUGUGCUGUUGUUGGGAAUGCUGGGAUCCUGGCAAAUAGCAGCUGUGGAAAAAUUAUUGAUUCAGCUGAGUAUGUUACCAGGUGCAACCUACCUCCUUUGACAAAUGGAUAUGAGAAACAUGUUGGUGUCAAGACAGACCUUGUGUCAGCAAACCCAAGCAUCCUUUCACAAAAGUAUGGGUCUCUUUUAGGAGCUCGACGGAAGUUUAUGGAGAAGCUGUGUCAAUAUGGCAACUCCAUGCUUCUCCUUCCUGCCUUCUCUUAUGUUGGAAACGUAGCUGUCUGUAUGCGGGCUUUCCACACAAUUAAGGACUUUGGAAGCCCCAUGCAACCUAUCUAUUUCAGUCCAGAGUACUUAAAAAAUCUUGACAGCUUUUGGCGCACUCAAGGAUGGAAGGCUGUACGACUCACUACUGGCAUGAUGCUGACAAGCAUGGCACUGGAACUCUGUGACAAUGUCCACCUAUAUGGCUUCUGGCCCUUCAGUCUUCACCCACAUACCUUUGAGGAGCUGACCAACCACUAUUACGAUGAUAAGAGACCAAAGGGGGGAUUCCACGCUAUGCCGGAGGAAUUUAAGCUCUUGUUGAAGCUGCACAGCCAGGGUGUACUUAAGCUGCACCUUGGAAACUGUAAACCCAAUUAGGAGCUGUCCCACAGGAAAUAGAGUAUAGUACCUUCUUUGUGUGUGUGUUCCUGAUGAACAGUUGUGGUUGUUAGAAUGAAUGGGUGUCUGGAAAGGCCCCUCCUUGUGCCAUCCCCAAUGAACUAAAAUGCAGGAAAUUAUUUAAAUUCUGGUUUGGGAUAAAUGCACUGCACCAAAAGGAGCCUCCCUAUUCUCUGCAGGGUCCACCAACUGCUCACUGAUUGCACAUGGUACCCUCUGUCCUUUCCCUCCCUUUUAAUUCUGCCCUGGGCAACCCAGGUCAAAGAGUCUCUAAGAUAUUUAAUAAUAAAAACUACAGUCAUGAUAAAAUAAUGUACACUAUAAUUUGAAGGGCAUUUUCUAGAUUAUAUUUUUUGAGGGUUUUGGGCUAUACUUUGUUUUUUACAAAUUAUUUUGUUCUGGCCUCAUUAUUUUUCAAUAGAUAUUUAUAUGAUGGGAUCUGGGGUUUGCAGUUUUGUAUAUUUGAUGCUAGAUUUCAAUCAUUUUAGAACCUGGUUACUGUAAAUGUUAAAAAAAAACUUAAGUUACUUAAGUUUGUAUUUUCUUUUUACUCUGACUGUAUGCUCAUCAUACAGUUUAAUGCUUGUGAAGCAGGUGGAAUUUAAAAAGUUCAAGAGAUUUGACUCCAUAUAAUGUGAAUAAUUAUGGAUUGUUUACAAUGUGAAUGUUACUGUUCAAAAUGUUUACAUUUGUAACAGUUAAUCCUAAAUAAAUUCUUGAAUGCUA